GUAACGCGUUGCGAAGUUGUGUUACGGCAUUCGAGUUCAUCAGCUAAAGAGGGAAGAACGAGAAGACAGAAAAUCUUUCUUUCUCCUGAGACGAAAAAACAAAUCGAAGUAUGAAGAGUUUAGUUUGCGUUGGUUUUUUGUCAGUAUUGGCUGCGGUUCAGUGUGCUGGAGUCCCAGCUCAGGAUGAGCACAUUGUUGGAAGGGAAAGAAGAUCAAGUCCUUGGGAUUUUUUUAACACAAAUAAGGACACGAAGAAGGUCGACAAGAAAAAACGUAAGCCAGUACCAACUACUCAUGCAACUACAAUUCCAUCAACAACAGUAAAAACAACAAGUACACCGAGUGCGAGUGUUAYGACUGUCAAGAACGAGAUGCCUGAAUACAUUGCAGAAAAAAUGGGAAAGCUAAAGACCCAAGAUCAGGUUCUUAACUUUUUGGGAAUUACUGGAUCAAUGAGUCAAAAGAUUACUGCAUCUAAAAAGAGUCUGCAAGGUUUAGGUGCUUCUGGUCAAAGUUCUGGAUYGUCUGAUGCAAAUUCUGAAUGGACAACAUCAACUGCAUGUUUACCUCGUCCUCAAGUAAUCCGAUUCCCACAGCCAGACCUAUAUCAUGGUGUUAUAUAUCCAUUCUGUGCCAUGGCUUUACGAUGUGGUGGUUGCUGCUUUGUGGAUAUGCAUGAAUGCGUUCCAGAUCAAGUACAGAAUAUAACUCAUCUUGCUUACUAUGUGCCUUACAACAUGGUUUCAUCACAGAGAAAUUCACGCAAAAAACGCUCUUCUCAUGAGUUAAGACAAAUUGCUGUUGAGAAACACCUUUCAUGUAAAUGUCAAUGUAAGGUGAGACCACAAGACUGUGAUCCUGURAGACAAUAUCAUCAUGAAUCAACAUGCCAGUGUAAAUGCAAAGAUGAUUUCACUGCAUCAAGAUUAAACUGUGCUGACCCAUUCAGAUAUAACAAGGACACAUGYAGCUGCAAAUGUUCAUAUGAACACAAACAUUGUCCUGUAGCAAAGCAACAGUGGGAUAACAAGCUAUGCAAGUGCACAUGUGACAGUGGCAUUAGGUGCCCAAUGGGACAAGUCAUCAAUAAGAAUUCCUGUGAAUGUGAAGAUAUUCAAAUGUCUGACAAAGUACCUCUGUGCAAGAAGAGUAAUAGUUGUUAGAAAAGAACUAUUUGAGAAAAGUAUACUCCUGCUUCAAGUUUGCUAAUAUACCCCUUGCAGCGCUUUGGAAUGCAGCUCAAUCUGGGGGACMAAACAAUAAGUUCCAGUUCUCAGGAGAUUGAAAUUCUUUUUUUUUUU